AUGGGUAAGUCUCGUACAAUAUGUACCAAAAAAGGAGGCAUCACGGUGGUUCCAAAUGAGAAAGGGGAACUUGUACCUAUGAGGCUGGUCACUGAUUGGCGAAUUUCCAUUGCACUGAAAGAUCAAGAGAAAACUACUUUUACAUGUACCUAUGGGACUUUGGCUUUCAAGAGGAUGCCUUUUGGGUUGUGCAAUGCUCCGGCAACAUUCCAACGAUGUAUGUUUUCUAUAUUUGCAGUUAUGGUAGAAGACUCAAUGGAGAUAUUCAUGGAUGAUUUUUCAGUCGUUGGUGAUUCAUUUGAAGCAUGUAUUGAACACCUUGGGAAGGUACUACAAAGAGCAUAUUUGUUGGGAACUACAGUGGUGGUGCACAUGGAUCAUGCUGCCAUUAUAUAUUUGAUGGCUAAGAAAGAUGCAAAUCAAGACUGA